AAUAAUAAUAAUAAUAAUAAUUACUAUUUAACCCUCAUUACCUCUCAUUAUUCCCUUCAUAAUUCAACUCUAAAUAUCCGCUUCAAUAAACUGGGCACUCAAUAUGAGCGCUGUCCCCUAAAAAAAAUUAAUGACAUACGUUACACUAACUACGUCGAAAACAAUUGCUUCAAUUAUGCCACCUGGCGACAUAAAUAGCAACAAUUUAAUAAGUACGAAUGAUAUUCUCACUCAGGAAGCAGUAACUACUUUGCUUUUGCAGUUUGAGAGCCAUCGCAAAUCCUUGAGAUGUCUUCAUUGCGAGAAGAUGGGCCAUUUUCGUCGUAAUGGAUCCACUAAAACUGAUCCACCCAUGCCCAUAUUUCGUUGUUAUGGUCUUGUAAGCUCACCAAACAACGAAACUUCUGGAGUUUUCCACAAUACACGGCCUACCCAAAACAGUAACACGAACGACCAGGCACACGAUAUGCAGACCUUACUGGACAUGAUUAAACGACUCUCAACCGAACUUGCAGCAAUCCGUGCAGAGAUAGCCAACUUUCGUCAACAGGUGACCCAACUACAAGAACAAGCGAUACAGAAAUCCACGAAUAUGAACCAAUCCAACCAUCACGAAGACGACAACCAUCUCAGCUCCAAAGAUUUUCCUGCGCUACCCUCCCAAACACCUCCAUGGCAUAACCCUCAGCGUAUUUCCCAAAUCAAGCGCAGUCUUGCAGAGCAUGAGCAACAACGCCGAUUGCAACGGCAGGAAGCAGCUGCACGCCUCCUACAACCACCAUUUGAGAAUCAAGGAUUCCAAUACGUAUACUUACCAAUUAAAGCACGAGUUCCUAUCGACCAGAUUCGUACUCGUUUGAGAAAACCCUAUAUUGCGAACAAUCGUAUAUUGGAUAUACACUAUCCAGACCGCAAUGUUGUUGCGUUACUUGUGCAUAAUGAUUAUGUGAAUGAGCUUCGUAAACAGUUAGAACGGUUUAAAGUUACCCUUAAGGAUGAUUUUGGUCCCUGUGAUCCCAAAGUCUUGCGAGAUCCUAAAUAUAUUAAUCUUUCACCUGAAGAAAGAGCCAAUUUCGCCUUCAUGCACCACAGUGGCCGUAUGGCACGCGCCCUGAUUUACAUUCGCGCCUCCGUCAAGUACGCUGUUGCUCGGUUCUUCUAUUCUAAAGGAUGGAUCAGUAAAACGCAUUUACAAGAAACCUUACCUAGUAGUCGUAAAGUAUUCGACCAAGCUGCUGACAUUUUUCAAUCUGACGAUGUCUCCAUGGACAGCGCGGAUGACUUAUUCCACAAAUCUAUCAACACUGGCACUAACUCUACAAGGGAAGCUAUUAUCAUAGGCGACUCUGUAUCCUUAUGA